AUGAAAGAACAAAUUCAGCAAUUAGUAGAAAGUCUUGAAAAAAGCGGAAACAACUACAAUACAUUGAUAAACACAUUAGACAUAUUAUUAAAAAUUCAGUACGAAAAACAGAUUAAUAAAUCUAUUCAAGAAUUUUAUGAUGUCACAUUGAGACUUGUUAGGGAAACAGAUUGUAUAAAAUCUCAGAAAAAGUUUCUUUGUUACAUCUGCAUAUUAAAAUUUAUAUCUAAGCAUAUGAGCUUCUCUCUUAAAGAAUUGAUCUUAGAAGACUGUUUAAUUAAUUUUUACAAAAUCAAAUGUAACAUAAUUAAAGAUCAAAUCCAUGAAAUUGUUUUCAAUGUUACAUGCUCAAAUCUUUCAGAAUUUUAUAUAAUUAUGGAUAUUUGGAGGAAUUUUUUUACUAAAAUAAAUGGGGAUAAAAAUGAAUUUGAAUCAUUAACUGAACUAAUUUUAUAUGUCUGUUAUCAUAUGCAAUAUAGAAGUGAACUUAAUCACCAAUUAAACGAAAUAAUCUAUAAAAUAAUUCAGAAUUUUUCGGAGAUUUAUGAAAGUGACAGUUCUAUUUUCUUAAUAAAUUCGUUUGUUUCAAAAUUAGAAUAUUCGCAAAAUUUAUUUUUCCCGUUAUUUUUGGACUGCAACAAUUUUGGAGAACAGACAAGUAGACUUAUCGGAAAUAUGAUGAGAUUCUUUGAAAGUAAUAUAAAUAUAAAAGUAUUUGUUUUUACCCUGAGGAUUCCUAAUUUUAUCGAACAUUUGGUUUUUAAUGGUUUUAUUUCCCAUUAUAGAGAAUUUACCACUUCAUUAAUUCGAGGUAUUACUAGUAAAGAUUUUGAAAUAAGAAAAAGUACAAGGUUUAUAUUGGAAAAGUUUGAAACAUUAUUAUUGGAAAAUAAUUUAAACACUUUUGAUCAGAUUGAUAAGCACAAACGUUUAAAUAAUAUCAAGUCAUUUAUUUGUAUCUUGGAUUGCUUUGAAAAUUUCAGUAUUCACUUACUAAAAACUAAUUGGGAAAAAUUUGAAAAACUUUUGUAUGAUCUCCAAAAUUCAAGAAAUGAAUGGUGGAUAGAUUGCUUAUUAGAGAUUGGGCUUAACCACGAAAAUUUGAAUGUUCGAAGGUUUGUUGCUUUUAAUACGAUUAAUUAUGUAGUUAGAAGCGACGAAAGUCUACCAAGUUGGAUUAAACGUCAUACAUUUUUUAAUAUAUAUUUAAGAUAUAUCGUUUCAGUACUUAACAACAAAAUCAGUCUUCAGAUAGAAGAACUUUUUUUAAAAUUCAUUUAUUGCAUACUAAAGGUUAAAUCAGAGUGGAUUGGUGAAUACAUAGACUAUAUAAUCUAUAAUAUAAAGGCUUUUACGCCAAUUAGAGUUUUAAUUUACCCUUUGAGAAUUGGGGUAAAUAAUUUGUAUCUUUCCGAUAACUCAGGGAGUCAAACAGAAUCUAAUAUAACUAAAAUUAAAAGUUAUUUUUGCAAUGCCUAUUCAUGUAAUAUUAAAACAAAUUUAAGGAGAGAUAUUACUCAAAAAUAUUCAUUUGAAGACGAUAAAAAGUUCAAAGAAUCAAUUAUAGUUCCAAAAGAAUUGUUUAAAAAAGUUCUUGAUAUUUCGAUACCAAUAAUUAAAUUUGUUCCAAUAUUAUUAAGGCGUGAAGUUUAUUCUAAGUGGUUAGAAAUCAUCUUAAAUUACUUUAUUUGUAAUGAAUUCUCUGAGGAGGAAUUAAUUACAAAUUUUAUUUUUUUCUUGGGGAUAAUUCCUGAAUAUUUGUUUUACACAUAUGAAAUUAAUAAACUAAUCUACAAUAAUAUUAUAAAGUACAAAUUGGUCAUUGAUUCGAGUUUUGAUCCAGAAUCAUUAAUAAAAAUAUCAAAAAGAUGGUUUGAUGUACUUCAUAUAGGAGUCGGUUUUGGGAGACUUAAAAAAAUCUUUGGAUCUUUUAGCGAAAUUAAUUUAAUAAUGAAAAGCCACGUUAUAUUUGUUUCUUCAUAUUACAACUAUGAAGAGAUUAAUCAUUUAAAUAAUGAAAUAAAUAACAAAAUAUUAGAGAUUUUGGAAAAAAUAAAAAUUUUAUUUGAAAAUAUCGAAGAAAACCAUUCGAUUGAUAUAGAUUUGCUAUGGCUUGACAUUCAUUUAUUAUCUAUAUUAAAAGACAAUUCCUAUGAUUUUUACUUAAAAAAAUUAUGGGAUUGGUGCAUUUUAGCAAUAAGUGAUAUUGGCAGGUUUUUGACCAAAAUAAAAUCAAAUAUUAAUUCACAAAUUUCAUUUGCGAUGAUUUUAAAGUGUUUAAUAUAUUUGCAAAAUCUCGGAAAAAAAACAUCAAUACAGAAAAUUUUUGAUCUUGUUAAUAAUUUAUUGUUAAUAAACAAUGGCAUAUUAUCAAAAAUGUUCAUGAACAACCAAAAUUUAAUAAUUUGGGAUAGAAUUAGAAGGGUCUGUUUCUUAUAUGAUAUUAUUGACACGCACUCUUUAAACAAUGAUAAUUAUUGCAUAAUACAAUCAUCACUGUUAACACCAGGUUUUCCAGUAAGUUACUCAAGUAAAUGUAAUGGAAUUAUUAAGGAAAAUAGACUAAUUCAAUUAUUCCCUGCAAACUAUCGUGAUUUAUUAAAUCUUAUAUCUCAAUUAAAGUUUCAGUUCAUUAAUUUAAUUAUUUCAAAAAACAACGAUAAAAUUUCCAGUUUAGUUGGAAAUGAUGUUUAUUCUUAUUUUGUAAACUUUAAAUCUUCAACUGAUCGUUUUUCAUAUACCAAAGGAUCUUAUUUAGAUUGGUUCACACACAUUACAAAAAUAUUGAUUUAUGAGAUUGAAAAUUCUGGAUGUAAUAGUUUUUAUCUCUGGUUGUUAGUAGAACAAUUGCUGAGUUUGGUUUGUACUGAAAAUAAUCAUCAAUUUGAAGAAAGCUUCACUUGUGAAUUUUUUAACAAAAUAUUUCUAUUGAUUAUUAAAAAUUGUGACGAAUUGAUAGAUAAUGGAAUUUAUAGAAAUCAUUUAUUCAGAAUUUUUAAUUCAAUUUUAACAAAAAAAGAAUACUUAAUCUUAUUUGAAAAAUAUCAAUUAUUAGAAAAGGUGGCUAAUCAUUUUUAUGGUAAUAUCAAAUUAAACAACGGAAAUAUACGAUUAUUUAUUUUCCCGUUAUUAGAUUUUAUCAAGAGUUAUGUUGAAAGUUGUAAUGAAGAAGUUUUUGAAGAAAUUCUCAAAAACUCUGAAAACAUUGGUUUAACUCAAUCAAAAACUUUUAAUAAUAUUUUUUUAUUUGCAAACAUUUUAGUCGAAUUGAUUACUUUUGAAGAACAAGGGUUAAUCGAUGGGUGCAAAAUUAGGUUUCAGGAAUUUUCUAAAGAUAACAUUGGAAUAAGUGAAAUGAUUAAUAUUUAUAGAAGAUGUAAGAUUUAUGAGGACAACAGUAGUUUUAUAAGACAUGUAACAAUUAUUUAUCUAUCUAAUAUGAUCGAAAAUUCAAUUAAAAAUAAAAAAUAUUUGUUAAUAAAAUUCGUUUCAUUAACUAUUAUUUUGUUAACUAAAAAAUUAGAAGCUGCAAUCCCAAAAUCAGUUGAAAAUGAAUUGUUUCCAACCAAUACUCAAGUAAAUAAAGUAGAUUUAAAUAUUCCAAAUAAUUGGUUAAUUAAUGAAACAGAAAUUAGUUUUAAAAAUGCAAAAAAAUUUCCUCCUUUACCAAAUAGUAAUCAUCAUAAACUACUAAUUAAUAUUUGGCAAUCACUCUGUUGUUUAGUAAAUAUAUUGAAUUUAAGUGAAGACCAGUUUACUAAUUAUUUGAUUGGGGUUUACUUUAAACAUCUACAAUAUUUAUAUACACCAGAUGUUAGGCAAUAUAUUGACAUGUUUGGUUGCAAUAUUGUCACAUUUUUUCCAAAAAAAUGCAUUGGGCAUAUCAUUAAAGGUCUUUCAAACAACAUAAACAAUCACACGCAAGUCAUAUAUUCUUAUCUUUGUAUUUCGAGUUAUUUAAUACAUUUUUUGAAAGAUAUCACUCCUUUUCCAUUGAAAAAUGGUUCCGAAAUGGAAAAAAUAAGUGAUGUUUUUAUUCUUGAAGGAGAAAUAUGGAUAAAAUUAACUAGUGAAUUCCUUGAUGAAUAUAUUUUAUUCUUUAAUUUAUUUGUCAGCUAUUCUAUAUCUAAUUCAUCUCUCUUGAGGAAUAUCGUUUUAUUUACUUUAUUCGACGCAUAUAAUAAUAAUUACGUUUUUGAACUUGUUCAAAAAUCUUUUGAAAACAAUUAUUAUUCAGAUACUGAAGCCAUUGAUUCUUUAGCAAAUGUAUUGAAGAAUGCUUUCCAAAUUGAAGACAUUAAUACUAAAGCUGAUACGAUUAGAAAUUCAAUAUACUAUGUUAAUAAUAAACUGAAUGCAUCGAAAAAGAUAUUUUUAAUUAACUUGUUUAUUUUAGAAGAUUCAAAGUAUAUAAGAACUGUACUUCAUAAUAUUUUCAACAAUAAAGACAUAUUAAAGAUGCUAAAAUAUUUAUCAUUAGCUUGGACCAUUUGGAAACCAAUUAAAUAUUGCACAGUAGAAAAUAUUAUUCCACAAGAUAAUAUAAUUGAGUUCUCAGAUCAAAAAGAAUCUCAAAAUUUCUUUAACUGUUCUUCAUGCUUAGAUUUUAUAUUAAGCAAAUUAGAUGGUAACAUUUUCAUAGAUGAAGUAAGUUUUGAAAAGGAACUACUUGCAGUUCAAGACAAACAUGAAACAUACAUAUUGAAUUCUCACUUAAUAUUUGGAGAUUUGAGGCCUUCAUGGAGCCUUUACUACUUGCUAAAAAAAAUAAUUUCCGAGGAGAUGAGUGGAUACUACACCCAAGAGAACAAUAAAGAGAAAGAAGAUUCAAACGCAGUAGAAAUUCAGAGUUCACACAACUACCAGCUAAAGUUCGAACCUUUAAAUUACACUAACCCCAUCUCUGGUGAGCCCAGAUCAAAAAGACAGGGUCACCGGUCAUUAGACAGAACAGAGUUGAUAGUAAUAGGGAGUCUUGUAGACAAAAUCCCAAAUAUAGCGGGAAUCACCAGAACUUGUGAAAUUUUUCGUGCAAAAGAAUUGCUGCUGAGCAACAAAAAAGUUAUAAACGACCCUAUUUUCAAGCAAAUAUCAGUUACAGCAGAGAAGUGGUUGCCAAUAAACGAAUUAGAACCUAAAAAGAUUAAAGAAUAUGUCCAUAACAAGCGAAUAGAAGGAUACAAAAUAUUUGGAUUAGAACAAACAUCUUCAAGCACCAACAUUAAAGAAUGCAUCUUCCCAAAAAAAUCAGUGUUAAUUUUAGGAAAAGAGAAAGAGGGCAUACCUUCCGACAUUGUUUCAAUUGUAGACCAAUGCAUCGAAAUCCCUCAAUAUGGGAUAAUCAGAUCGCUUAAUGUACAUGUAUCAGCUUCAAUCUUUAUAUACGAGUACACGACUCAAUUUAUGGAAGGCUAA